AUGGAACGCAAAUCAGCCCAGAGGCUUGGAAUGAAGCAGAAAAAAUUAACCAAGAAACAGAAAGAAGGAAUUAUCGAUAUGAAGCGUCAAGGAUAUUCAACCAAGUUUGUUGCAGCCUUUUUUGAUUGCAGUACACGUCGUGUGAUGGAUAUUUUUCGCCACUCAAAUAGAAUAAGACCUGAUGAAUCAGAUGCUGAUCUUAUUUUCGGAUUAUUAAAGCAGGGAUUCAGUAUACGUGACAUAAAGAGCCGAUUUCGAAAUUAUAUUGAUUACGAGAUUAGACAUGUCAUAGAACGUCAAGUCAAGAGAUUGUUGGCUGCCGGUUAUGAAGUUGGUAAAGGAGAAAUCUUUGAUAUUGAACCUGAAAUCAAAAUUGAGACCUCAGAGAAUGAAGACAAGUAUUUAAAUCUCGAUUUUUCUGCUGAUUCAUUGGAAUACCAGGAAAAUAUUCCUAAUUCUUCAAUUACAAUUUUUGAUGGCGAAAAUACAGAAUUUGAGCCGUAUCUUUAUUGA